AUGCCUCGGUGUCGCAGCGUGAUGGAACCCACGAAGGACAGCCCGAAGGAGCCGGAGGAGGCUUUGAUAAGGGAAGAGGAUGAGACCGAGGCAGAAGAAGAGACCAAGGCGGAGGCGGCGGAGGCGGAGGAGGCGGCAGAGGCGGAGGCUGAGGGGGUGGAGGGGGCGCAGGGGGCGCAGGGGGCGCAGGGGGCGCAGGGAGAGCAGGGAGAGCCUGGAGAGCAGCGGAGGGAGGAGGUGGCGGCGAGCCAGCAGCAGGACAAUUUCGACCCGUUCGCGGAGCUCUUGGACGAUGGCGACCUCUGGAAGACCAUGGACUUCAGUGAAGGCCUUUUCGACGAUGACUUGGAGCUAUUUCGUCCCCGCCUAACUAGCGUGGUCACCCCCAGCCUGAGCCCCACGACCCCGACCAGCGAGCUGUCCAGCCCCACGUGGAGCGAGGAGGAGCUGCAGCCCGACGAGGGCUCUCCUGCUUCUAGCAAAGCCUCGUCCCAUAAAACUUAUCCUAAAAUAUUUCAAACAUUUAAGAAAGACUUGUCUGAAGUGACUGUAGAUAGAACUAUGUACCCAAGUUUGUAUGAAAGAGUUCAGAUAUCAGUACAAACAGAAGAAAGUUGGCUUCAACAAAUUUCUGCUCAGAAGCAACCACAAAAAGUACCAUCCCUUGAAACAAAGGUGGUACAACCAGAAACUCCGGCUGCUAAGUUAAGAGGAAAGUGGGUAAUUAAUCCUGAAGAGCGCAAACUAAGUAUUUUAUUUGAGACAGAGUUUAAUGAAGAAUUUGUAAAAUUGUUUGAAUCUCAUCUAAGAACAUUACCCAGCAUUGGGCCGCCGCCCAUUCUAUCAUAUAGAAAAGAACUUCCCUAUCCGGAUAUUAACAUCGAGGACGAAGAAGAGCUAGCACUCAAGUGUGAAUUUUGUGGAAGUGAUCUACAAUCGUUCCCUUCCGAUGCGGACAUUUACUCUGGACAAAAACGUGCUUGCUGUUGUCUUCAGUUACAAAAUCUUCUUGAUUAUAUCAAUGAGGAAAGGCUAAACAUCAAAAGAACUAAAACGGACUUAAUAAGUAUUAAUCCUCAUGCAGCCCAUGGCAGUGAGGUUGAUAGACUCAAGGCAAAGGAAAAAGCCAUUCAGAGGAAACAAGAACGUCAGAUGGCCAGACAUUUUGCAAUAGUAUCAAAUGAACAGAGCACCCCGUCAUCUGAUGAAGAUUCAAAGCACUUGAAGACAAUUUCUUACCAGCUUUCUGUGGAUAUACCAGAGAAGAAGAUCAUUGAAGACACAGAUGAUAUUCAGAUUAGUAACGUCUCCAUCUUUUGCUGUGAUUCCAGGAAAACAUGUGGAAAGGUCAUGAGGAACGAGCUCUUGGAGAAGCACUACAAGAAUGGAAGAAAGUUUCUCACCUCCUUUCCAGAUGGGACAACACAAAUAUUCUAUCCAUCUGGAAAUCUAGCCAUUAUCCAAGUGCCCAACAAGACAGAUGGUUUCACUUGUAUUGUCCAAGAAGACACAUCCAGCAGCCCUGCUAUCCUGGCAGUGCUCGACUCCUCUGGGAGAAGCUCCUGCUACCAUCCAAACGGGAAUGUCUGGGUAUACAUCAACAUCUUGGGAGGCCAAUACUUAGAUCAAGCUGGCAACAGAAUACGAACUUGGAACUGGUCAAGUUCCAUGCCUGCCUCAUCCUUGGUUUCAUUUAAACCCGUCUUUCUGGCUUUGAACCGUUACAUUGGAAUUCGCAUCCUAGAACAAGACAAGGUCUCCAUUAAUUUUCUAGCAAUGGGCCAACAGGCAAGAAUCAGUGUUGGAACCAAAGUAAUGCUCCACAACCCAGAGGAGCUCCCAGCCCUGCGGUUCCUGAGUGGAGACGACCUGCUGCUGCUGGCCAGCUUAAUAAAGAUCCGGCGGCUGUUCCAUAAGCUGGAAGGGUGCAUGAAUUUCCCCUCAAGUCAGGCUUGGGAAAAAUUUAAGCAACCUUCCUACCUUUCUUCACUCUCUCUAAAACUACUUACCCUCUGUCAUAAUUCUGGCAUACAGAAAAAUAUAAUAGCAACAAUUAAAAAGCUAAUAAAAGAAAAAGAUUAAAGAAG